AGAAUCUCAGGCCAGCGACUCAAAUCUCUCCCUAAUCGUCCGCACGUGAAUAGCCCGGCCUGUUUUUAAGACCUAAUCAGCCGUUUUAUAAUGAAAGUUGAAACCGAGUUGACCUUGUUUGUUUGGUCACACUUUCUUGCGCUACUCUGCUAAGGCCUUCAAGCCCCCUCUCUCUCUCUGCUUUCUAGUGUUUGAGACAUGGGGAUUGUGAAGUUGGCGCUUGGCGAUGCCAUUAUCACCUUCAUGUGGGUCUUCUGUGUUUCUUGCACCGGCAUCUUCACCUCCAUUAUCGCCUCUUAUUUGAAGUUUCAGGGGUUCUACACUCUUGGGAUCACCGUGUUUCUGGUUUUUUCACUCGUUUUCAUUUUCUCUCUCAUUGGAGAAGCCCUUGGAGGAGCCAGCUUCAAUCCCUCUGGGCUUGUUGCCUUCCAUGCUGCUGGAUUUGGAAAGGACUCCCUCUUUUCCUUGGCCAUUCGCUUUCCAGCUCAAGCUGCUGGAGCAGUGGGUGGAGCCUUGGCAAUCAUGGAGGUUAUGCCUGCAUCUUACAAGAAUAAGUUGGGUGGUCCAUCAUUGAAAGUUGAGCUGCAUAAGGGAGCUAUUGCUGAGGGAUUCUUAACCUUCCUGAUCAGUUUUGCAAUUCUUUUUAUAAUUGUAAAAGGACCAAGAAAUUCAUUGAUAAAGAUGUGGCUGCUUGCUAUGAGCACUGUCACAUUAGUUUUGGCAGGGUCUAGCUACACAGGCCCGGCAAUGAACCCUGCAAAUGUUGUCCUGGAUUUGACGGCAUUGGAUAGACUUCAGCUUGCUGACCUUGGUUGAUUAUUUUUCAUCCUCCCAUUUUCCUGAAAUUGGAUAAAGAUUAGCGACUUAAGAAUCAUGGGAGCAUAAAUUGAGAUAGCGUGUGGAAUUUCUACAUGAAUAUAGUUCUAGCAUACAUUUUUCAACCUUUCCUGAACUGGAUGUGCAAGCAAACCAUAAUGUCUGAUGACCUCACAUGGAUAUUGUUAUUUAUCCCAUAAAGACGCAACCUAGUCACUGUUAUGUUCCAACCUUUUUUAACUUGCUUCUUAUGCCAAAUUGUACGGUGCUAUGUUAUAAAGUCAUAUAUACGAGUGUCAAUGUCUGACGGAUGUGUGUUGAAAGCCAGACCAAAAUUGGCCAUUCAGAUACGAUA